UUCUUUAGAAUUUGGAAGAUACAAAAGACUCAACAUGAUAGAUGGGGAGAUGCUAUCCUCUGCAUAAGGAGUAUAGCACCACGAGUCGCAGCCUCAAAUAAUCAGGAUUGAAAUUAAGAGAAGUUUCUUUAUUGAGAUGGUGUUAAAUCUUUGGAAUUCUCUAUCCUGCAGUAUCAGGUUAUUGGUUGGAUUGAAAACUGAGAAUUGACAGAUUUCUGGAAAUGAAAGGAGUAGGUCAGGAAAAUGAUGUUGAUGAAGAAGAGGAGCCUUGCUCUGGUUGAAAAGCGAAAUGGUCUACUCCUAGUUCUUAUGUUAUUUUGUUCAUCCAUCCAUCUCUACCUCUUCACUCUUCUUCCUCAUGCCUAACUUCUCCAUUUCUCAGUCCUACCCCUCACUUCCCCUAGAAUCACCUCAGGGUGAGGUGCAGUGGAUUUAAGAAGAUUCCAGGCCCUAGUUGGAGUGCGAAGGUGAGGACUGGCCUUGCUCACUGAUGCUCUGCCUCCUUGCUCUCUCUUUGUCCCCACAGCAUAGCUGCGAAGAGAUGUGCCCUGCGUCACACCUUCUCAGCCCCAGGGCACAGUGCCAGCCUCCUGCAGGGCCUGUCGGCACUCCGAGCCCACGAGCAGCUCCUGGACGUGGUGCUAAUGGUGAAUGCGGUGAUAUUUCGGGUACACCGCGCAGUGUUGGCCGCCUGCAGUGACUAUUUCCGGCAUUCACAGUAGAACAGAGAAAUACAAUGGAAUCAACAAAAAAAACUACACACAAAGACCAACAAACAACAAAGUGCAAAAUACACAUCAAAGUUGCUGGUGAACGCAGCAGGCCAGGCAGCAUCUAUAGGAAGAAAGUGCAAAAUAAGUUAAAUUGCAAAUUUUAAAAAUGUAAAAAAAUACUGAGAACAUGAGUUGUAGACUCCUUGAAAGUGAGUCUGUAGGUUGUGGAAUCAGUUCAGAGCUGAGAGGCAUUUGAAUAAGUACAACAGAGGCAACUUACUUCAAAAAUAGAAACACGUAUAUCGGGGGGCAGUGGUAGAGGCUGUCGGAAAGGAGAUGGUGAAUGGGCGAUGUUCACAGGGGGAAUGCGGGAAAUGGGCCAAGAUGUCAUUGAGUUGAAAGGGGUGUCUGCCAGGGGUCUGAGACACAUCAUUGAUUUUGCAUACAGUGCUGAGGUGACAUUGGACCUUGACUGCGUACAAGACGUGCUGGGAGCUGCUGUCUUCCUGCAGAUCACGCCUGUGGUUGAAUUGUGUGAGCAGUUCCUAAAGUCGGCCAUGAGCGUGGAGACUUGCCUCAACAUUGGCCAGAUGGCCACCACUUUCAGCCUCACCUCCCUGAAAGAGUCAGUGGAUGCCUUUACCUUUGCUCAUUUCUUACAAAUUGCAGAGGAGGAGGAUUUCCUGCACCUUCCCCUCGAGCGCCUUGUCUUCUUCCUGAAAAGCAACAAGCUGAAGAACUGCAGUGAAGUUGACCUAUUCCGUGCUGCCAUCAGGUGGUUGCAGUAUGAUGAGACGCGACUAGCUAAUGCCAGCCUGGUCCUCUGCCACAUCCGCUUCCCUUUGAUGAAGUCCACUGAGCUAGUGGAUAGCGUCCAGACACAAAGCUUAAUGCUGGACGAUCCCAUGUGUCGUCAGUACUUGUUGGAAGCCUUUAACUACCAAAUUCUGCCAUUUCGACAGCAUGAGAUGCAGUGCAGCCGAACUAUGAUCCGCUCAGAUACCCUCUCCCUAGUUGCCUUCGGUGGCACUCCCUACACUGACAACAACAGGACAGUCAGCCGCAAAGUCUUUGUUCUUGCAGAUGGGAAUGCCCGUCAGUUCUCGGAGUGGCCCGAGAUGGAGAUAGGCUGCAGCCACGCCUGUGUAGCUGUCUUGGACAAUUUUGUGUACGUGGUGGGAGGUCAGCACUUGCAGUACCGCAGCGGCGAAGGGGCAGUCAGCUGUUGUUUCCGCUAUGACCCGCAUCUCAGUCAUUGGCUGCGCAUUUGUGCCAUGCAGGAGGCUCGCAUUCAGUUCCAGCUGGAUGUGCUGCAAGGGAUGCUGUUCGCCACUGGGGGGCGUAACCUUUCUGGGAGCCUCUCCACAGUAGAGUGUUAUUCCCCACGACGCAAUGAAUGGACCAAUGUAUGUUGCUUGAAACGGCGGACAUGGGGACAUGCAGGGACAUCCAGUGGGGGCAAGCUCUACAUCUCUGGAGGGUAUGGUAUCACCAUUGAAGAUAAGAAAUCUCUUCACUGUUAUAAUCCUGAAACAGAUCUCUGGGAACAAAAGGCUUCAAUGAAUGAGCCGCGGGUGCUUCACUCAAUGGUCGGGGCAAAUGGGAGGAUCUAUGCUUUGGGUGGCCGGAUGGACCAUGUUGACCACUGCUUUGAUGUCCUGGCUGUUGAGUAUUAUAUCCCUGAGAAUGACCAGUGGACCAGUGUCAGUCCAAUGAGGACAGGCCAGUCUGAAGCAGGUUGCUGUGUAUUACAUAGAAAGAUCUAUGUGGUGGGAGGUUAUAAUUGGCACUUAAACAACGUGACAAGUGUUGUGCAGGUUUAUAACAUUGGGACAGACGAGUGGGAGAGGGACCUGCAUUUCCCCGAAUCUUUAGCAGGGAUUGCCUGUGCUCCUGUUGUCUUUCCACAGCUUUCAGCACAGAGAUAGUGAUGGUAAUGCUCCUGGAUAGAUUAAGAAGCUGGAAUGGGGACUGGGAAGAGAGCCCAAUGGAUCUGUUAACAUCACUACACUUGUUUGUCCAAAAUUGUAAAGAAUCAGUUCAAAGCCAGUUUUAUCCAGGAGUUUUCACUGAUCAGCCACCUAACCACUUUGCCAGAGACCUUGAUUAAUUUUGGGGAUGAAAAGACAGCUGACUACUCAGUUGGCCUUCACUACUUUGCUUUGUACCAUGCAUAGGCUCACUACUUCCAUGGUGCUGCAUUCAUUGUAGUAAGUUCCUAUUUAGCUCCAAGAAGCCAUUGGAUCUGGAAGGAUUUAAAUACAGCCUGUGAGUGGGCAGCAAAGCAAAUCAAAAUGCAAGGUGCUGGCCUGCAGCCCCUGUUGCCUUGUAUGUCUCACUGUAGCUUGUGUUGCCCGACUCUUGCAUGCCAACUCCUGUUGUUCUCCCGCCUUCUUCCCCCCCAAUCAAAUUGAUUUUUAAAUCACUGAAUGAUCAAGUUUUGAUACAAGCCUCUUAAAACCACCUAAUGCAAAGAAAAGCAAAUGGGAAUUCUUCAGAAAUCUGGAAUCUGUUCAAAAUUCAUGGAAUUCUGCUGCUACUGGGACCAUUUUCCAUUAAUUAAUCAAACUGUGUGAUUAUGACAUCUGGAAAUAAAGUGUGGAAUCUAUGUUGAAAUGCACUGAAUGUUGAACACUAAUAUAUUUGGUAAUUACUUGUGUCUAGAAACUGAAUACUGUUCUGCCACUAAUUUAAACCAUCUAUGUAAAAUGUAAUAUUACACUUGUA